UGUUUCCUUGGGUUUGAGCUGAAGACAAAACUUACCAGUCUUGGCUGUCUAGAUUCAGAUACUCUUCAACCAGGCGAUCGCAUUGUCAGUUUGAACGGCUCACGACUUAUACAUCAGGGCAUUGACAGGUCGCUUCAAUUGUUUAGAAACCGCCUUAGUGAUCACGAAAGUAUCUUAGUUGGCGUCUUGCGUUCGGACCGUCUAAAAAAGACCUCUAGAGGAUUCGAUCGGGGCGAUUCCGAAUCAUUUGAGCACAAUUUAUCAUCAGUCUCUGCCCCUCACUCGGCUUCUUGUAGUAGCGCUUUCUCUCGUUUGCCCCAAUCGCUUCACGACUUCGCCUCCAACUCUGAUGACCCCAGCACCGGUGAGCUUCUACCUCAAGGACAAACACAACUGCCCCGACUACCGAUUGCCCCAAUGUACGAUUUGACCUGCGGACUUAGUCUAACAACUACUCAUAGAGAUUCUCCUGCUACCAGAAACAAAAUAAAUGCAAGUUCGAAUCGCCCGGAACGACCGCCACCCCUACCGCCAAGAAUCACCAGACGGUCACAUGUGCUAGUGAAUACCGAUGACCAUUUAGCUAACGAGGAUUUCUCAGGGCUGCUCAGCAAAGAGCCUAGAUCUCCUUUAUUUCACCAAAAUCUACCUCAUAAUGCUAAGUAUCCUGCACCCCCAUUGCCUCAACGAAUGCAUCGAGGAUGUAAAUCUGAGCGCAUGAGUUCUCGUCGCACCAACCGAAAUAAUGCUACCAGCGAAGAUGCAACCAUCGAAGAUGCAAGCUUAACGGCUGCUUUCGCACAUGCAUCUUUUAAUCCUGCUGCUGGCAACUCCUUAAUUUACAACGACUUUGAUUUUCCAGCAGGUCAGCGCUCAUAUUAUUCGUCACCUGGCCAUGCUUCCCAAAUACUCUCAGAACCGCAGUCUCCAACUGGUAGUUCUCGCUCUGGUUUUCAAGUUUUUGAUCAGGUAGGCAAACUAAGUCUGGACACAAAACCCCAAGUUUCGAUUUGUAUGCGGCCAACGGUAUCGGGGGAACUUUCGUCAGAUUGGUGCAUGUUUUCUCCUGUAUCGACCAGGAAAUCUCUUGGCUGUGUAAGUAAUGAUCUAUUUCAGCUUCAGGUUGCAUAUAAUUUUUGA